CUUAUCAUCCGGUGACGAGAGACAACGUUACAUGUCCGUGUAUUAUCGGCUUCGUCGUAUUGAACUCUCAUUUUUAUAGCUCUAUUCAGUAAAUAUUAACCGCGCUUUAAAUUUCAUUACUGGUCAUAAGAUUAUUGGUAAUUCAAGCAAAUACUCCAGAAAAAAUGUUUCAUUUUUUUCGUGAAUUGAUAGCAGGACUUUCCGGAAAGAAUGUGAUCCGCCAGCUGUCUUCGCAGUCACGCCCUAGUAUUCCAAAAUGUUCUUUUAAAUCUCAAAAAUAUAAGGGCCCAAGUUUCGAAAUGAUUCGGGGAACUUUGAAAAAGAAGCUCUUUCCCAGUGUUACUCCUUACUAUAAAAUACCCUUGCUGAUUCAUGAAGGGAAAAUGCAAUGGUUAUUUGAUCACAACGGAAAAAGAUAUUUAGACAUGUUCGGAGGAAUUGUAACAGUCAGCGUUGGACAUUGUCACCCAAAAGUAAUAUCAGCAUUAGAAGAACAAAUGAAUAAUUUGUGGCAUACAACGAGUAUAUACAUGCAUCCUAUGAUAUAUGAAUAUGCUGAUGCACUUACCUCAAAAUUACCAGAAAAUUUAAAGGUUGUAUACUUCGUGAACAGCGGUUCAGAGGCCACUGAUUUGGCAAUAUUGCUUGCUAGAUUAUAUUCCAAAAAUUAUGAUAUUAUUUCUCUUCGCAAUAGUUACCAUGGUAUGAGUUUUGGAGCCAUGGGUGUUACUGCCCUUUCAACAUGGAAACAUCCUUCUCCAGGUGGACCUGGCAUUCAUCAUGCAAUGAACCCUGAUGUAUACCGUGGGAUUUGGGGAGGUUCUCACUGCCGAGACUCUCCAAGUCAAACAGAUCGACACUGCAGUUGUGAAUCUGGUCAGUGCGAUGCCUCUGUUAAAUAUUCUGAUCAAGUUGAAGAAAUAUUAAAAUAUUCAAUUCCAAAAGGAAAGGUUGCUGGCUUUAUUGCUGAAUCAAUUCAGGGCGUUGGUGGAACGGUGCAAUUUCCAAAAGAAUACCUGAAAAAGGUAUAUACUCUUAUUAGAUCCAACGGUGGUGUAUGUAUUGCAGAUGAGGUGCAAACAGGAUUUGGAAGAACAGGAGACCAGUUCUGGGGUUUUGAAAUGCAUGGUGUCCAGCCAGAUAUUGUAACAAUGGCAAAGGGAAUUGGCAAUGGAUUCCCAUUAGCAGCUGUUGUGACAACACCCGAGAUAGCACAAAGCUUGGGUCAAGCUCUACAUUUCAAUACAUUUGGAGGAAAUCCUCUAGCAUCGGCUGUAGGUUUAGCUGUUUUAAAUGUUAUGGAAGAGGAAAACACCCAACUAAACAGCAAAAAUGUGGGAACUUACUUAAUUGAGAAACUUCAAAAGUUGCACAAGUAUGAAUGUGUUGGAGACAUUCGCGGGAAAGGUUUAAUGAUAGGUGUUGAAAUGGUCAAUAAUAAAGAAACUAGAGAACCUCUCAGUCGAGAAUAUUUUCAGGCCAUUUGGGAAAACUGUAAAGAUAUGGGUCUUCUACUAGGAGCAGGUGGACUACAUGGAAAUGUUUUUCGAAUCAAGCCACCAAUGUGUGUGAACAAUAAUGAUAUUAACUUCACAGUAGAAGUUUUUGAAACAGCUAUUGAAAGCUUUGUUAAUGGGAAAUAAUUAAAAUUAUUAAAACAACAACAAAUUAUUAUGGUAACUCUACAAAAUGCCUGGAAUUUAGAGUUCUUCUCAGUUCUUGUCUUGCUUUUGUCAAAACAUAUAUCAUCAAAGAUAUUCCCACUGUCAUCUGAAGAAACACAACUAUAGCAGUUGUUUUUGUAGAUUUGUGAGCCAGAACUUCUUCCAUUGAUCUUACAGAGGUACCCAAAUAUACAUUAAUAAUUUGGGCAGGAAUGAGGCCAAAAAACGAGGCUAUAAAAUAUACUCGGGGAUUAAUGUUGCUUACAGCAAAAAUAGUGUUCUGAAGACCAAAUGGAAUUGGAGUUAAGCGAGCAAACACAGCAACUUUAAAUGCUUUAGGUCCAGAAAUAACAAUUAAAAUUGCUUUAAUAUUUUCAUUUUCUAGAAAUCUUGAUAAUGAAAAUUUAAAAUUAAAAGCUUUUAUGCAAAAAAAAGCUACAACUACACCAAUAUUAACAGUAAGCAUAACUGUCAAAAUUCCUCUAACUAUUCCAAAUAAAUAACCAGAAGCUAUUACCAAAAAGGUAUAGCCCCAUGUGAAAGGAAAUGACACAAGUGUAAAUAAUAUUGCAAAUAAAAUAUAAAUAACCCAAUGUUCUUGAGACUCAACCCACAUCAGAAGAGACUUGACAUACUCUCUACAUUCAAAAAUGAUUGCUCCAAUAACAAUUAAUGCAAAAAACAAUAACAAAACAUGAUACAAAAGGUUUAGGCCACUAAAAAUAUUGUAUUUUAUAAAUGGUAAAUCUCCUUUGGCUGUCCUGAACGACGAGGCAUCUUCCUCUAUCGUAAUUAUAUCCAUGUUUCUCGGAAUUGGAUUAACACAACUUCAUGAAAUAAAACUAUUCACAACUAAAGCAAUCACUUAGAAAAUGCAUGUUUGUUUUCGUGGGCAAAUCUUCACAAUACUAUAGAGAACCUCCAAAGAAAUUGUAACUGCAUUGUUAUCGCUUCGAAUUAGCAUCACCAAAUCGAACAGGUUGAUGUUGACAAACGAACUGCGAAGGAAGCGAUUGCGAAGCGAGAUAUCGCGUACCGACGCGUGCUGUCAAAGUUUCUCUCUGGCAAGUUGCGGCAAAUUAAACUAUAUGUUAUCGAGUGCUGUGGAAUUCCGGAUUGACUGGGAUUGACAUUAUAUUUUUUUUUCGUGAAAGCAAUAAUGUUUUUCUUUCGUGUGCUUUGAAUGCAAUGAUUUCAUUAGCAGCUGUUCGGAACAUUAUUUCAAUUUAUCAUUCAGAUUUCUGAGUAACUACUUCAUAAUUUUUGAACUGUUGUCAAUAGACUUACCUUUGAAAGUUAUAAACUCGAUUAAUAAAUUGGAUUGCACUUUGCAUUAUGGAUUGGAAUACUGAAUUAGAGAUAUCACGAAAGUCUGCUCCAAAAAAAGGUAGAAGAGCUGGCAUUAAUAUUCCUUUUGGAAGUCAAGGAAAUGAAACAAGUUCAAGUUCUUUAACAGGAAUGGAUAGUAGCCCAUUAAGUUCUGCGGGAUCAAAUAGAAGUUCAAAGAGAGUGGAUUCUCAACCUGUUGCUCCUCCGAGGUCACGAAAAACUGGAGGAUGGGCAGAAGAAGCGAUAAAAUCGGGAAAAAGGAAGAAUGGGAGUAGCAAUUUAAUAGAACAAGAAAGAUUCCAGUCACCAGACAGAAUGAAGAAAAAUGAUUCUGAUGACGAACCAUUGACUAUUGUGUGCUUUGGAGUGAUUUAUUUGGAGGCUUAUGAAUUUUCUCGGCGGCAGCAGGCGUGUACGGUAGGAGUUGCUAUCAACCGUGUUGCAACAUAUAAAGAGUUAGACUCAGACUUAUUCAGACAUGCUGCCUUCACGACCAUUGAUGAUGUCAAUUUGCAGCUGCUAGCAAAGUGCCUUAGUCCAGAAAAUGACUUGAAAGAGAAGGAUGAAUCAUGGACCUGGGACUUACUAUUUACAGAUGUUGCAUCUCAGCUUCAUACCGACUGGGAACUAGAAGCCAGUGGUGGGGCCAUUCUUUCAAAUUAAAUAUGCAAUUAAACUGUUUGAACAAAAAAUUAAUAUUUGUGAUUGUGUGGCUUUUCAAUACUUUUGGUAAGGAAUUAAGCUGUAGAAGAUGUGAAAUAAUUUGUCAUCACCAUUUUACCUUAUUCUUCAAAAUAUUAAAACUGCUAGAUACUUUUUUAAAUGAGUUUUAGAGCAAUUUUUAAAUUAUUAGGUUCUACAAACCAAUUGUUUUUGAUCCUGAAUGUGCGUUUGAACGUGUGGUUUUUUUAUGGAUUAUUUUAACCCAAAUUUAGGGAAUUAAGUAACUGGAAAAUGAAGAUGAAUCAAAAUUAUGGAAAGGAUUGCAAAUAGAGCUGAUUCAGUCUUGGUAAAAAGUGCUCCCUAGUUCAAUUUUAGUUUAGGGUACAGAUCUGACUUGUGGAUGAAACCUAAUAAUUGAUUAUAGAUCUUGCAGUAGGUGAACAAGAUGUAAUCAGUACAGAUACGGCAAUGCAUGAUUAUAUUUGAUAUUAGAAGUAAUUGUGAAUUUAACAAACUAUGAAAAUUCCAAAUUAUGAAUGAAUGUUAAAAAUGUAGGGAGUAAUAUUACUAAUACAAAAUAAAAGUCUGGUAAAAAUCCCAAAUGUAUGCAGUAUAUUUUUUUUUCCUAGCUGAAACCCU